UAAAUUUCCCCAUCUUGAAGGUCUUUUUCGUGUUUAGAAUUAAAAAUUUGAAAGCAGUGAAUAAUUUGGAGAUGUUGAGAAACAUUCUUCUAAAUCAUAUUGCUUACACCUUCUCUACAACUCCAUGGAUUUCAGAUGCAGAUCUUCGUGAAAACGGUGACGGGGAAGACGAUCACGCUGGAAGUCGAGAGCUCCGACACGAUCGAGAAUGUGAAGGCGAAUAUUCAGGACAAGGAAGGCAUCUCGCCGGACCAACAGAGGCUGAUAUUCGCCGCGAAGCAGCUCGACGACGACUGGAUGCUCUCCGAUUAUAAUAUCCAGAAGGAAUCCACCCUCCACCUCGUCCUCUGGCUCCGCGGCGCCGCCACCACCACCACCACCGCCAGGUUCCAUUGA